AUGUUUAAGCAGAUCUAUACAGUACUGUUUUUGCUGGUCCGAUUGACCGCAGCCAUCGACAUAUCGGAUUCUCAUUUUGCUGAGUAUCCCGAUAUCAAACAAUUGGCAGGUGUUCAUCAAGUUGACAAGACAGAGGAAACUCCUCCAUCUACCAAGAAGUUAUCCUGGUAUGUUAAUAUCUACGACCCAAGCUCGAAAGACUCCAAAAAUGAUUUGGAUGUGCCUGAGUGUUCCAAGGACUCUCAGGUUUGUGGACUGACCCAGAUUACGCUUCCCGACCGCGACCCACUUGUCACUGAGGUGUUUGCCUUCUCUAACAAGUUGAAUCCUCAAUUUGAAGACAAUUCGAGCUCAAUCACCGUCAAAUUACAAGGAGCAAACUGGGGAGCUUUGUCAUUAGAUACCGAAAUCGAGUUCAUCUGCGGAACCGAGGAUACCAAAGAUAAUUUGAAACUGGUGUCGUUUGACUAUUCAACGGCCAAAUUCACAUUUGAAUCAAAGUAUGCUUGCAAGUCAUCACAACAGCCACCUAAGGAUGGAAAGGAGAAGUCGCCAAAAAGUGACGACUCCAACUCGUGGGGAUUUUUCACAUGGUUAUUUAUUUUGCUAGUGAUAAUGAUGGCCACAUACAUAAUUGCACAAGCAUGGAUCAACACAAACAGAAUGGGAAGCUCUCACGAGUUCUUGAAUGAGCUGAUUGAGUCCAUCAUUGAAACCCUGUCGAAACUGCCAGAAUUCUUGCGCGAGAUUGGAAGCAAAUUGUUCAGUAGUGGAAACAGAGGCGGAUACAGUGCGGUGUAA